CACACACACACGCGAGAGCGCGCGCAACCGAAAUUGUAUAUUAAUUUUAUUAUUUUUUUUUUUUUUUUGCGACCGUGUCGUCGAGUGGUUGACGACGGCGACGACGACGCCGACGACGACUAGCCACUACGCUACAGCGCAUUGCUGCGACGACGACGACGACGACGAUACCGCCGAGAUCUCGUGUGUCCCCGUGCGCGCGGGUGUCUGAAAAUCGAAUAAUAGUAAUAAUCAUUAUUAUUUAUUCGUUUUUUUAUUUUUUUGUUUUUAUUCUCCGCCGUGUGCGUGUGUGUGUAUGUGAUUUCUGCGCGUGUUUCCGAAGUGUCGUGUCGUGUGCGAGCGUUGUUUCUCAACCCGUUUCGGUGGUCGCGGACGACCGCAGCAGACGGACGCACGGAUAUAAUAUCGAAAAUUUUUUUUUGAUAAUAUUGUCAUUUCGUUGUAUUCAAUUUUGUAAUUCUUUUAUUUUUUUUUUUUGAAAUAAAUACGUACGUACCUACGCGCGUUUAUGUGUAUAUUUAUAAAUAGACACAUAUAUUUUUACACUACGUAUGAGUUCAUCGUAUACAUAGAUUAAAUUCGUUUAUAUACAUAUCAAGUCACGAACAGUCGAAAACAUAUCAUACUUCAGAGAAGAUAUCCCGACUAUAUAUAUAAUCGGUCCGAAUACAGCCACUGAGCCACCGGCGCGUUAGCAAACUGAAGACAAUAGUCAACACUACUGGAACGUUAGGUGGCAAAUCAGCAGCUGCGUCAAAGAUUGUUACAAGGAAGUAAGCUCUCGACAAAACACACACAUUUUCAUCCCCGUUGGUUUCAAGAAUCUAACUAAACUAAUCGAGGCCAAAAAUUUAUAUUUUAAUUUAUUAUAAAAAAAAAUAAAUAAAUAAAUAAUGAUAAGUAAUAAUAAUUUAUAAAAAUUACAAAUCGUCGUUUUGCUGAGAAAAUAAGCUUGAUCUGUGAUAGUAUUAUUUUUUAUUUAAAUACUCUUUUUAAAUAUAAUUAUUAUUGAGAUCACAUAUAGUUUUCGUUUUUAUCGUUUUUAUUUUUAUUUUUUAUUUCGCUUCGUAAAGUUAUUGAGAAAACAACUAAUAAAAUGCCUCAAAGUGCGGGCGUACUUACAAAUUCUGUUAUGAUAACUUUAAUACUACUGAUCAGUUCCUUGUGUGGAUGUUGGAGUACUGAUGCGGAUCAACAUGUUGCUUCGUCUCCCACAUGUGACAGUAAUAUUUACUGUUAUGGUCCAUUGCUGCAUGCGAUUCAAAUGUCUAGCAUAUUCCCAGAUUCGAAAACGUUUGUUGACAUGAAAAUGAAAUAUUCGCCUAAUGAAACCAUGAACAUUUUCUUGGAAAUGAUGAAAAAGACAGGACAAAGGCCAUCAAAAUUAGAAUUGGAGAUUUUCCUCAAUGAUACUUUCGAGAAGGAAGGUAGUGAAUUCGAAAUUUGGGAUCCUUCUGAUUGGAAGCCAGAGCCCAAAUUUAUUGGCGAUAUUAAGGACCCAAACUUCCAGGAAUGGGCUAGAGGUUUACACUUGUUAUGGAAACUUCUCGGUAAAAAAAUCAAAGAUGAUGUACGUUUACAUCCCGACCAUUACUCAAUAAUCUAUGUCCCAUAUCCGGUAAUUGUACCCGGUGGCCGUUUUCGUGAAUUUUACUACUGGGAUUCGUACUGGAUCAUUAGAGGUCUAUUACUAUCUGAGAUGUAUACUACAGUCAAAGGAAUGCUUAGCAACUUUUUAUCGAUUAUUAACACCUAUGGUCAUAUUCCAAACGGCGGUAGAGUUUAUUAUGCUAUGCGGUCUCAACCCCCUAUGCUAGUGCCAAUGAUGAAGAGUUACAUCGAAGCUACAAAUGACACGAUAUUCCUUAAAGAAAAUGUAGAUAUACUGGAAAAAGAAUUUAGCUAUUGGAUGUUAAAUCAUACAGUAGACAUAGAAAAAGACGGAAAAGUAUACACAUUGGCCAGAUAUAAAGAUUCGUCAACAGGACCCAGGCCCGAAUCGUACAGGGAAGAUAUCAUGAGCGCACAAACAUUUAAGACCGAUAAUGAUAAAGAAAACUACUAUUCAGAGCUAAAGGCCGCUGCGGAAUCUGGGUGGGAUUUUUCCAGUAGAUGGUUUAUUCUAAAUGGAACAAAUAAAGGAAACCUGACCAACUUGAAGACACGGUUCAUUAUUCCGGUUGACUUGAAUGCUAUAGUGUAUUGGAACGCCAAGAUACUGAGUGACUUCUACAGGGAGUUGAAUGUGUCCGACAAAGCACUAAAGUACGAAAACAUAGCCAAUAAAUGGAUAGAAGCAGUAACGGCGGUGCUGUGGCACGAGGAGGUGGGCGCAUGGCUCGAUUAUGACAUGCUGAAUGAAAUCAAGCGUGAUUACUUUUACCCAACCAACAUAUCGCCACUGUGGACAGGAUGUUACGACCCAAAGAAGACCGAUGACUUUGUGUCUCGGACGCUUAAGUACUUGGAAAAAACACAAAUAAUGAACAACCUGGGGGGCAUACCAACUACCUUGGAACACUCCGGUGAACAGUGGGACUACCCAAACGCGUGGCCCCCUCUCCAGUACAUAAUGGUCAUGUCACUAGAUAACUCAGGCGACAACUGGGCCCAAGACUUGGCGUUCGAGAUAGCUGAGCGAUGGAUGAGGUCCAACUACAAGGCAUACAAUGAGACCAACGCCAUGUAUGAAAAGUAUGAUGCGACCGUACCUGGAGGUCACGGUAGUGGAGGUGAGUACGAGGUGCAACUAGGCUUCGGCUGGACCAACGGUAUAAUCCUGGAGUUCCUGCAGAAGUACGGAUCCAGAGUGACGGCCACGGACAAGUUCGUCGAGGCGCCGCAGACUAGCGCCAAUAUGGAAGCCAGCAGAAGCAGCACUGACUACAAUACCAAGACCGUAUCUUCAACGACACAAGUCAUGACUGCUACGCUUGCGAUACUGGCCACGAUAUCGGCCGGAUGCAUAGGGUGAGAUGUUUACAAGUUAAAUUAUGUAGUUAAAUUAUUAUAAGAACAUUCCCUUAUGCAAAAUCGGAAGGAUCUCUUAAUUAUCAGGUCAGACGUAUUUAACAAAGAGGUUUACUUAGUUGAUCAUUAGUUUCUUUAUUUGUGCUAUUACAUUAGCCUAAUUAUUGUUUUUUUUUUUUUUUGUUUUGUUUUUUUUUUUUUUUUUUUUUGUUCAUGUGAGUUAGUGUUAUGCUUUAAUUUAUUGGCACAUGCAAGUUUUAUAUGGUCAAAAAAAAUAAAAUAAAAUAUACAUCUAAAAAAAACAUUACCAAGCAUACGGAGAGACCAACUUUGAAUGGAUAGUAUAGAUCCAGAAGUAGUUUUAAAGUUUUAAUCUGAACUUACUAGUGUUUUUAUUAUAAUAAUAAUAAUAAUAAUAUAUUAAUUAUUAACUAUUAUUAAUUAAUGGAGUUUAAGUUCCUUUGAGCAAUCGUAUUUCUGUGAAUUCAACCAAAUCAAUUAUAGAGUUGUUUGCACAGUAUGAUAUUUGCUUGACAUUUUAAUUGAAAAAUAAAGCAAAGUGAUGUAAUACGUUAAGAUUUUAUAAAUUAUAAUUUAACACGUUUUAGUGAGAUUUAAACAAAAAACAAAUUUACGCGCCUAUUUCAGUUAAACGGAUAAUAAAAUGUGUACAUGCUUCAUAUAGUCGGUCUAUAUGUUUUAUUCUUUUUAUCUUUAAUUUA